GUCAGAGGGGAGGAAGCUGACGCGCGGGAACACGUGUGCAACAGCACGUGACCACGCGGCGAAUUCGCCGCUUUCCUUCCGCCUCCGCCUACCUCGCCUCGCUCACACGACCUCUUCUCUUCUCUUCAAUUCUGAGCAAGAAGAACACCAAGCUGCAUACUGCUGGCUUGCUUGCAGCUCCGGCGACUCUGCAAGAACGGCCGGCCGGCCGGCCAUCUCUCCUCUUCCCUGCGGCGGCCAUCUUUUUUUCCUUUCCGUCGUCAGCUAGGAGCCAUCCGUGACAGAAAUGGCCGGAGGUGGCACGAGCAUCAGGAAGUAUGUUGGAGCCCUCAAGGACUCGACAACCGUUAGCAUAGCAAAAGUAAACAGUGAUUAUAAGGAUUUGGAUAUUGCUAUUGUGAAGGCCACAAACCAUGUUGAGAAUCCGGCAAAGGAGAAAUACAUAAGAGAUAUCUUUUACCAUCUUUCUGCUGGAAGGCCCCGAGCAGAUGUAGCAUACUGCAUUCGUGCCCUCGGUAGACGUCUUUCAAAAACGCGCAACUGGGCGGUUGCACUGAAGACUUUGAUUGUCAUACACCGUGCCCUUCGAGAAGUCGAUUCCACUUUCCGUGAUGAGCUUAUUAGUUAUGGAAAAUCCAGUACACAUAUGCUUCAUUUGUCCUACUUUAAGGAUGAUUCUAGUGCAGAAGCUUGGGAUUAUUCUGCAUGGGUACGCAAUUAUGCAUUGUACUUAGAAGAGAGACUAGAAUGUUUCCGUGUACUGACAUAUGACGUUGAAACAGAUCCACCGAAAACUCGAGACCUCGACACGACUGGUUUACUUGAACAACUGCCAGCAUUGCAGCAGCUUCUUUUGCGGCUACUUGGUUGCCAGCCACAAGGGUCAUCAUCUUAUAACAUCAUUAUCCAGCAUGCGCUUUCAAUGGUUGCUAUAGAGAGUGUUAGAAUCCAUACAGCUAUCAACGAUGCGAUACUCAAUCUGGUUGACAAGUUCUUUGAGAUGCAAAGGGAUGACGCCAUUAGAUCCCUUGACUUGUUCAAAAGAGCAAUUAACCAGGCAGGACAACUCUCAGAAUUUUACGAACUGUGUAAAACCAUACAUAUUGGGCGUGGCGAGAGGUUCCUAAAAAUUCAACAGCCCCCUACCUCAUUCCUGCAAGCUAUGGAGGAGUACGUGAGAGAUGCACCCCUUGCUUCAAUAAACCAAAGAAAUCAGGCUGUACUAGCAAUAGAGUACAAGAGGCAACCAGAGGAUGAAGAAUCAUCAAGUUCAGCUCCUCUACCGCGGCCUCCUCCAGUAUCAACUUCAGAACCUGAACCUGAAGCAGAGCCGGCUAAAGAAGUUUCACCCACACCUGAGCCAACCGAUUUGCUGGGGAUGGAUGAACCGACCCCUGACACAUCAGAAAUCGACAAAAAGAAUGAUUUGGCCUUAGCAAUUGUUGAAUCAGAGAAUGCACCUAAAGCCGCUCCUCCUAGUACCGAAAACGUGGCCACUAGCUGGGAGCUGGCACUCAUCGAUGCGCCCAGUUCAAAUGGCAAUGCUGUCACCUCUAGCAAACUGGCGGGUGGGCUGGACUUGCUCACCCUUGACAGCCUAUACAACGAGGCGCACCGACAAGCGCAGCAGAAUGCAAGCUACAACCCAUGGGAGGCAGCCCCAGGAACUGGCCCAAUGAUGCAGCAGCAGCCAACGCAGAACCCGUUCUACGCCUCGAACGCCAUCGCGCCACCCAUCAACGUGCAGAUGGCCGCCAUGGCGCAGCAGCAAGCCUUCAUGCUCCAGCAGCAGCAGAUGAUGAUGAUGAUGGCAAGGCAGCCAUAUGGUCAGCAGCAAGCAGCUUCUUCCAAUCCGUUUGCAAGUCCACACAUGCCUGCCAGUGUUCAUCCGUAUGGUCCGGGGAUGCAGCUCCAUGCCGGCAAUGCCUACACAUACUCAGGGACAGGGAUGAUGUAGAACGCAACAACAUCUGCUGCUUUUUUGGCAGCUUUGUUUUCUACUUCUUUUUUUUUGUCAUUUACUGAAUGUGGUUUUAGGAGCAUUAGAUCAGUAUAAAGGGCCCUGUAUAGUAUCAAGAUGAGCAUAGCCGUUGGAAGUUUUUUUCCGGCUCUUUGCCGACUGAGAGGGCUCUGUUUUUAAUUUUUUAUGUGCAGUUGUGCUUUGUAAAGGCUGGGACAUUGGAAUCAAGUGUGACAACUGCAACAGUUCGUGAAAUAUAGAUGUAAACGAACAUUUGUGGUGUUCGUGGUUUGCGAUAAUUGGUCGCGAGAACUGCCUGUUCCAGCAAACAAAAUUCGGGGCUCUUUUGAAUUCGAAGAUUGGCGAAUGUUUUUUUUUUUGGA